CUUCCGUUAUUUCGAAUUUCACUUUCAUUAGAAAGAAACCAAACAUGAUUUAAAGAGAAAUUCUAGAAAUCAAUUUCUUAGAUUUUCAAAAUGGGUUGUGUAUCAUCGAAGUUAUUCAAGAACGAAUUUCAUCAAGAAGCAAUUUUUAACAGGAAUGGUGAGUACAAAAACCAUGUUGUUUCACUCACUUCAAGCACUUAUGGUCUUUUAAAACUUGAUGCAGAUCCGUUGAUAGAAUUCAUUGAGCCACCAACAAAAUUAUCUCCUCCACAAAAUCAAGUUUUUGAGAAGAAAGCUUUAGAGGAACCAACAACAGAAGUAAUCAAUACAUGGGAAUUGAUGAAAGAUCUUGAAGAAGGUAAUAAUCAAAUGGUACUCAAGUCUGGUACACCAGCAAAGAAAAGUCCAAAAUCACAAGGUGGUGGAUUAUUACAAAAAGUUGCAGAAAUCGGUACAAGAAUGUCUCCAAAGUUUGGUAAUUCCCCAAAGAGCAGGCAGAAGAAAUUUGGAGGUAAGGAAAACAAUACACCCAGCAGACAGAAUAGUGGCAUUGGGAGAUUUGAGAGUCCGAAAGGGGUUCUGAAACCGUUAUCUUCUUCAGAGAAUGUUCAGAGGAUUGUUCAUAGUUUGAAGUACCCUGUUAAGAGUAGUACUCCAAUGAGUUUGAAAACAGACAGUUUUAGAUUUGAUUCAAGGGUUUCGAGUUCUUCGAGGAGGAGUUUAAGCCCGUUGUUUGAUCCGGAACUUCUCGUGUCGUUCGAGAAAGAGUUGGAAGAAGAAGGUGAACAGAUUAAGAAGAUGGUUUCUGUAAAGCCCAGAAGAAGUUUAUCUAGAGAUCAAAAUUCUCUGCUUGCAUUGUAUGAGAAGAAAUGUCCACCGGGUGGGGAAAAUUCAGUGGUGAUUUACACAACUACAUUGAGGGGUAUUAGGAAAACAUUUGAAGAGUGUAAUGUGGUCAGAUCUGUGAUUGAAUCGCACGAUAUACAAGUAAUUGAGAGAGAUAUUUCUAUGGAUUCAGGGUAUAGGGAAGAAUUAAGGUUAUUGAUGGGGAAAAAAGAAGUCAGAUUACCAUUAGUUUUUGUGAAAGGAAGGUUAAUUGGGGGAUCAGAUGAGGUUGUGAAAUUGGAAGAGGAGGGCAAAUUGGAUACUUUGUUUGUCGAUAUACCGAAAUCGGUUGGUGGGUGUGAGGGCUGCGCAGGGAUGAGGUUUAUUAUGUGUAUGGAUUGCAGUGGAAGUUGUAAGAUCAGAGAUGAAGAACAGAAUAAAAUGGUUAAAUGUGAAGAAUGCAAUGAAAAUGGGCUAAUUCACUGCCCUAUCUGCUGUUAACCAACACAAAUUCCUGGCCUGCAAGGAAGACUACACACGGCAAUCUUCAAUUUUGGCUGACAUUCUAAACAGCCUCCACCACCAGAUGCACAAGUUAUGCUGCAGUUCAUUAUGGGAAAUUUAGCAUUUUCCAACAUAUACCUAAAAAGAAAUUUGGGGAUUUCUUUGUUGAGAGAUGGUUUCUGAAUGUGUUGGUAAUUUAGUUGUUUGGCUCAUUAUAUUUCUUGUUCUAUUUUAACCCACGGAGAAGCUUGUAUGUUUCUGUUUCCAUUACAUUGUUUGUGAUUCUUCUUUCUCUUGUAUGAUUUAUUGUUACUUUUACCUCUACUGUAAUGGAUUCAUUACUAUUCCUAUUUAAGCGAAGUUGAAUGUUUCUU